GCCAUCCCGAGCGUCGUCCGCGACGGCGACUACCCAUCCACUACUACUCACACAUUCUCCAGUAAACAGCUCGGCCCGUCUACAAGUGCACACUACCAUGGAUCCAGAUACGCCCCUUGCAAGCGAGCCUCAGCCGUCCAUCAUCCGCUGGAUUCUGGGGUUUCUAAUGGUCGGCGCGUGUUGGGGGCUCACUACGCCGUUUAUGCGCAAAGCUGCGAUGAACUAUACAGCGCCAACACACCCGGCUCUGACUGAUCCGAAGAACUCGGCCCUGAAGAAGAAGGCGCUUGGCAUCUGGUAUGCCGUGAAAGGCGUGCUCAGUAGACCGGCGUAUGCCGUACCGCUACUGCUUAAUGUCACUGGCAGCGUGUGGUUCUUCAUUCUAAUUGGCAAGGCUGAGUUGAGUCUCACUGUGCCAAUCACGAACUCGCUGGCGUUCAUGUUCACAGUGCUGGGCGAAUGGUGGGCUGAGAAGAAGGUCAUCAGCAGAGACACGUGGAUAGGCAUGGGAUUGGCACUCGCCGGUGUUGCGCUAUGUGUACAGAGCAAGUCAUAGAUUUUAUAGUGUAA